AUGUCGGAAGUAUAUCAGAAGAAAGAACUUCUGGCAUUGAUGAGCACAGGAGCCAACAAGCAAUGUGUAGAUUGUAAUGCCCCAUCCCCUCAAUGGGCAUCUGUGAGCUAUGGGACUUUCAUCUGUCUCGAAUGUUCCGGUAUACAUCGAGGUUUCGGCGUUCAUAUCUCAUUCGUCCGUAGUAUCACGAUGGACAAAUGGUCCGAGGACCAAUUGAAAAAGAUGAAGAUGGGUGGUAAUGAAGCUUUCAAUAGCUUCAUGGAUGGUUAUGGACCUCAGGGUGGGUAUGAGAAAGGUAUGGGAAUGCAGGACAAGUAUAAUUCUUGGGCUGCUGCUCAAUAUCGGGCCAAACUCGCUGCGGAAUGUUCUGAUCCCCCUCAACCUUGGUCUCCUUCACCUCCACCUAUCGACCAACCUUCACGUCCCGCAUCAUCUCAAGCCACGCGUAAAUCCCGCGCUGGUCAAUCCAUCGGUCCCUCUUCUCUCUCCUCUUCCAAUCCCGUAUCCCGUACAGGUUCCCCUUUACCUGGAAGUGUAGGAGGUAACGAAGCCUUCUUCGAGCGAAUGGGCAAUACCAACGCCUCUCGUCCAGAUCAUCUUCCUCCUUCUCAAGGUGGUCGUUAUUCCGGUUUUGGAUCCACACCAGAACCAGAACCAGAUUACAACCCUGCAUACAGCUUAUCUUCUCGAUCGGUACCUACCAUAGGAGAACUUCAAGCCAACCCAGUAGCUGCUUUGUCUAAAGGAUGGGGAGUUUUAUCUUCUGUCGUUGCUAUGGCUGGAAAAGGUAUCAAUGAAGCUGUUGUCCAACCUGGUUUUCAACAAGCUAAAGGAUUAGCUCGAGAUGUUCAGACGGGUCAGGGUAACGAAGAAUGGAGAAAGUAUUUACAGACCGCUGCUGUUGGCGCCACUCAAGCAGGGGGAUGGAUAGGUCAACGUGCAGGUGAAGGAUGGACAGCGGUUAAUGGAUUAGCUAAAGAGAAAGGAGGAGUAGAUUUGAAUGAACAACUGGGGAAACUUGGUCUGGGAAAAGGAAGAGAACAGGAAUAUGGAAGAUUGGAAAGGGCAGAAGAUGGCGUGUUGAGUUCUCAUGGUGCUGGAACGGAUGACGACUUUUUCGAUUCUGCUGGUCCAUCGGUUUCGAGUCCAUUAGCUCCCAAACCUAUGGGUGAUGCUGGUAAGAGUGCUAACAAGGGUGGAUGGGAUGAUGAUGAGUGGAAAGACUUUUAG